AUGACUUUGGCGCCGGCCGUUGGUCGUGAGCUCUCGAAUCCGCCGUCCGAUGGAAUUUCCAAUCUCCGGUUUUCCAAUAGCAGCGAUCAUCUGCUAGUGUCUUCGUGGGAUAAGAGUGUGAGAUUGUAUGAUGCGAGCGCCGAUUCGAUGAGAGGGGAGUUCAAGCAUGGCGGGCCGGUGCUCGAUUGCUGCUUCCAUGACGAGUCUUCUGGUUUCAGUGUCUGUGCCGAUAAUAAAGUCAGACGAAUUGACUUCAAUGCUGGCAAAGAGGACAUUUUGGGGACGCAUGAUAAACCAGCUCGAUGUGUGGAGUAUUCUUAUGCUGCAGGGCAAGUGAUCACUGGAAGUUGGGAUAGAACGGUGAAAUGUUGGGACCCAAGAGCUGCAAGUGGACCAGAACGUACACAGAUUGGAUCAUAUCAGCAACCUGAGCGUGUUAACUCUCUUUCUCUUGUUGGAAAUCGUUUGGUAGUGGCAACAGCAGGAAGGCAUGUCAACAUUUAUGAUCUUAGAAAUAUGUCCCAGCCUGAGCAAAGAAGGGAGUCCUCACUUAAGUACCAGACUAGAUGUGUGCGUUGUUAUCCCAGUGGAACAGGAUAUGCCCUUAGCUCUGUUGAAGGGAGGGUGUCAAUGGAGUUUUUUGAUCUAUCAGAGGCUGCUCAAGCUAAAAAAUAUGCUUUCAAAUGUCACCGGAAAUCAGAGGAUGGUAGGGACAUUGUCUACCCUGUAAAUGCGAUUGCCUUCCAUCCGAUUUAUGGCACUUUUGCUACCGGAGGUUGUGAUGGCUUCGUCAACAUUUGGGAUGGCAACAACAAGAAGAGGCUAUAUCAGUACUCUAAGUAUCCAACAAGUAUUGCAGCAUUGUCAUUCAGCCGAGAUGGUGGGUUACUUGCUGUUGCUUCUAGUUACACGUUUGAAGAGGGAGACAAACCGCAUGAACCGGAUGCAAUCUUUGUUCGAAGUGUUAACGAAAUCGAAGUGAAACCAAAGCCCAAAGCAUACCCAAAUCCUCCGGUAUAA